AUGGCCGGUUUUAUAAUGAAACAAAUGGUUGGUGGGAAGCUGAACGAAAUGAAAGGUGGUCUUGAUAAAUUGACCGGUGAUAAUGACGGUGAAGGCGGUGAAAGGACGGAAUCCGGUGAGGAUCCUGAGGUGGUCGCUGCUCGUUUGGAACAAGAGGAACGACGGAAGGAGCGGCACCGUAAAAUGGAACGUGAGCGAGAAAAGAUGCGCCAAGAUAUU